AUGGAAAACGCAAAUUUGUGGACUAGACGCUCUAACACCGGCAAGCUUUCGUUGUCCAUUAGAGACCAAGAAGGAAAGGAUGGCUCUAAGAUAGACUCCCCCCGAUCCUACAACGGCCGACGCUUUGGCGAUUCCUCCUCGCAUGGGAAGAUAAACCCCUUCAACGCUCUCUCCCCAUCCGCUGCGAAGUCCCCUUCAGCCGGCGCAUCUUCUGCUUUCGGGCUAGGCAGUGGUGCCUUUGCAUCAUUCGGCUCUGUGGGCUCUGCGAAGAAGACCAACACCCCCGGGACUGCGUCGGCUUUUGAUUUUACUUCUCAGGAGAAGAAAGAGAAGGAAGCAGAAACACCUGGGGAAUCCUCGGAGGUAGAACAGACUGCAGAACCCUCCUCUCCGCCGAAGCCCUCAAAUAACCCCUUUGAACACCCACUCCGAAAUACGUGGAAUUUGUUUUACCGACCUCCCGCCAACAAAUUUUCAGAUUAUGAAAAGUCUACGCUCAAACUAGCUUCCAUUAGCUCGGUAGAAAACUUUUGGACGAUAUACUCUCAUCUAAAGCGCCCUUCUCUAUUACCCACGGUCUCGGACUAUCACAUUUUCAAGGACGGUAUUCGUCCGGUCUGGGAAGACGAGGCGAAUAAGAAGGGCGGGAAAUGGAUUGUGAGGCUCAAAAAAGGCGUUGCUGACCGUUACUGGGAGGAUCUCUUGUUAGCAAUCAUUGGUGACCAAUUCAUGGAGGCUGGAGAGGAAGUCUGUGGUGCAGUGCUCAGCGUGAGAAGUGGCGAAGAUGUUUUGAGCGUCUGGACAAAGAUUGAUGGCGGCAGAAACAUCAAAAUCCGGGAAACCAUCAAGCGAUUACUAGCUUUCCCCUCAGACACCAACAUUGUAUGGAAAAGCCACGAUGAUAGUAUUGCCCAACGUUCCGCCCUCGAUGAGGCUCGCCAACAAAAAGCAAAUGCCACUUCGGGUUAUCCGGGAGUGGAGAGACGGCGUCAAACAUUGCAUGAUGAUUCUGAAAAGAGCAAAGGACGAAUUGCAUCAUAA